ACAACAAUCAGCUGGGCAGGACCAGGACAUAAGCACGUGUACUAAAACCUUAUCAAUUUGCGUAUCUUUCUUAUCAAACGUUGCGUAAUAAGAUUCUUAAUUGAGACAUUGAUUAUUGAAUUGUUGUCGCGUGAUUAAUAAUUUAUACGUUUAAUACAUGCUCAACAAAAUGAAUGUAUGUCUUGGUGCUACAAAAAGACUUUUAGCUAGGCAAUAUGCCAGGACUUGUGCCACUGUGGCGAAUAUUGCUAAGCCUGUGAUCCCUUCAACAGUCAGAAAAUCUAUGUUUGAAAAUCAAAAGAUUCUACCCUUUUCCUCUUUCUUGACUGAUACACAUGGUAGACAGCACAAUUAUUUGAGGAUUUCUUUAACAGAGCGCUGCAACCUACGAUGUCAGUAUUGCAUGCCAGCUGGAGGUGUUGACUUAACAACAAAGGACAAACUACUAACAACAAGUGAAAUCAUUAAAAUUGCUUCUGCUUUUGUAGAAGAAGGAGUAGAUAAAAUUAGGUUGACUGGUGGGGAGCCUUCCAUCCGUCCUGAUAUUGUUGAGCUUGUUGGUGCCUUGAAAAAACUUGAUGGCUUGAAAACUUUAGCUAUGACUACCAAUGGAUUGCUUUUAUCCAGAAAGUUACCUGCUUUGAAAGCAGCUGGCUUAAAUAUGCUCAAUGUUAGCCUAGAUACUCUCAUUCCAGCCAAAUUUGAGUUUAUUACUCGCAGAAAAGGAUUUGAAAAAGUUCUUCAAGGCAUUGAUGUCUCUUUGGAAUUGGGAUACAAUCCACUCAAACUUAACUGUGUUGUGAUGCGUGGUUUGAACGAAGAUGAAUUGCAUAGCUUUGUUGAACUUACCCGUGAUAAAGACAUUGAUGUUCGGUUUAUCGAAUAUAUGCCAUUUGAAGGAAACAAAUGGAAUGGUAAAAAAAUGGUUCCUUAUCACGAAAUGUUGGAAAUUAUUAGACGAAAAUACAGCGACUUGAUGCGUUUGGAAGAUGCAGCUAAUGACACAUCCAAAGCCUAUCAGGUGCCGGGAUAUCGCGGGAAAAUCGGCUUCAUCACGUCCAUGUCAGAACACUUUUGUGGCUCGUGUAAUCGCUUGAGACUAACUGCUGAUGGAAAUCUGAAAGUGUGUCUCUUCGGGAACGCCGAAACCUCGUUGAGAGACUUACUGAGAGAUGGGGCUUCAAACGAAGAAUUGAUUGCCGUUGUCGGCCAAGCUGUUGGACGGAAGAAAAAGCAGCACGCCGGAAUGUCAAAUUUGCCUUCGAUGAAAAAUCGUCCCAUGAUUUUGAUCGGUGAUCCCAAUGGUCUAUUGACAGGGGGUUCCAUAGCUACGAGUUCCGUCCGUUUUUACUGCACCACUAAAGAAGACAACCAGAACAACCAGAACAACCAUGACAAUUACCUAGAUGAUCCGUGGACGAAGUUCAGAGAUACUAAUGCUUCACUCCUUCAAGUAUCUUCUAUGUUUCAUGCCCCAGCUCCACAUGAAAAUGAACCAGUUCAAGAACCAUCAAAAACUGCGACCUCAAAUGUCAACAGUGAACAGGUUCAGUUGACUCAUGUUGAUCAUCAAGGGCAGGCUCGAAUGGUAGACGUAAGUGACAAGGCAUGGACCAUUCGACGAGCUAGAGCUCAAGCUACUGUUUGGAUUGGACCUGAAGCUUUCCAUCUAGUAGCUGAAAAUCAAAUAAAAAAAGGUGAUGUUCUUAAAGUUGCCGAAAUAGCAGGUAUCAGCGGCGGAAAGUUGACUUCGCAGUUGAUUCCGCUGUGUCACCCUAUCGCUCUUCAUCAACUUCGCGUCCACUUAUCCCUUGACUCAAUCAAUCACUGCGUUAAAGUAGAAAGUGAAGCAGUGACACGAGGUCCAACGGGUGUUGAAAUGGAAGCUCUAACAGCUGCAUCAGUCGCUUGCUUAACAAUAAUUGAUAUGGUUAAAGCGGUGACUAGAGAAGCUGAAAUUCGUAAUCUUCAAUUGGUUAGUAAAUCGGGAGGAACUCGUGGUGACUUUAAUCGUACAAAAAAUGACAAUGUACCAUUCCGUUGUUAAGUUUAAAAUGAUCUAUUUUGUUUAAACGAAUUGGAAAAUGCAAAUUUAAAGACAGUUGACUUGCAAUUUUUAAUUUUCUUCUAAUUUAGACGUGUCCAUCGUAAACUAGUAAGGAAGAGUUUUCGAGCUACGUCAUCAUCCAGAGCAUGGGGUGCAACCUCAGCUUCUGCACAAUUACUAAUAUUCCAGUUCCAAAUUAGACAAAAGCUGUGAUGUUAACACACAAUGAUUUGAAGUCACCUGAAAUAUUUCCCAGUUAUUUUUUCAAGUGAGGGAUCAAGUGCAGCGUAUAGAGUUGUCUGCGCUCCUCUUGGGGGCGUUCGAAUAAAAGGCCAGGAAAGUGGUUUAAGAAUGAUGCUUGCAAACCAACUGUUGACAAAACCCAUGUGACGAGAAAUAUUUGUAUUCACAAUUCCUGGGUGUAAGGCGUUUACGGUCACACCAGUUCCUGGCGUUUUGCUAGUUCGCGCGUGAACAGAACAUUGGCUAACUUGCUCUGUUCGUAAGCUGCUGCAGGAUCGUACUUUUUUUCCGAAUUGAGGUCAUCAAAAUCUAUUUUUCCCCUUAAAUGGGCCACGCUUGAAACGUUAAUGACUCGACUGGGUGCGGAUUGCUAUUAAUACAGCACUUUUAAAAUAGGACAGCAAAAGUUGCAAUGAGGCAGUUUUAGUUGCAAUUUUUAUCCGUAUGGUGACACUAUAGGUCAUCAUUCGCAUCAUAACAGUUUUGAAAAUGGAACUUGCAGAAGGAUGUGUGUUACAAUAUCCCUUAGAAAAAUGUCCGGCUAAUUAUAUAAAUUUAGUCGGUAGCAGAGUCGAAGUUUUAACAAUUAAUCAUGUCAAGUUUGUUGGACAAAUCUACUCAAUGGAUCCAAUAAGUGGAAGUCUUUUUAUGAUGGUCGAUCGUUGCAACCAAGAAGAAAGAAGCAUAAAAUUAGUUAUUGGAAAUUCAAUUAAGUAUCUCAAGAUUGUAAAAUUAACAUCAACCAACACCAGAACCCUUACGCAAGAGAACAAUGGGAUGCAAGGACCUGGAGCUAGUUCUCAACAUACUGAAGACUGGAAGCCACUGAAAGAUGCUCUGAAAAAAUGGUUUCAUGAAAGCCGUAUUCCAGUGAAUGAAAAUAAUUAUGGUUGUUUACUAGUGCUAAAUGAAAUAGUAGUAGGCCCCCCUUACAGACCAGAAAAUUGUUCUGGUACUAAUGAAGUCAUGUUGUGGCGAGUUCAAAAAUUACUAGAAAACUUUUAUCAGAAAUGAUUUGAUUAUGGAUGGUGUAAACAAUUAUGUGUGUAUUUGUGUUUUGAAUAUUGAUCAAGUAAAUUCUUUCAUCACUUGA